AGAGUUGCCAGCCAGCCCCUACUUCGUUAGGAGUUUAGGAGGCAGGCAGGAGGUUGUUGCUGCUUUCUUGCUUUCUCGUGUUACGAUUGCACGUCAAAAAAGGCAAAACCGUGUUAUCGAGUUUAAUUUUUUCACAUAACAAAAUGUGUCGGACUUACACUCGGAUUUAGUGAUCAUCGGUUUCUGGCGACUGAUGUCAAAUGGAAUUUGAAGAGAUGGAAUUAUUUUUUCAGAAAUAGAAAAAGCCCGAUGGGCCAUUCAAUUUGUGUGCGGAAAUCCAAGGAAUUGUCCGAACGAAAUGUCGGCGAUCAUAGAUGACAAAAUAGUCGCUGGUGCUAAAAGCUCUACCGGUGUGAAAGAGGAUCCUCUCAUAGCUUUGACAGAAAAAGUAAAAAUGCUGUAUCACUUCAGAGAUCAUUACUUUGAAACGCAUGCUAUCACAAGUGCAAUAGACAAGAGUAGAGAUGUAGAAAGAGAGAUGAAAGAGACAGUUGCAAAGUUUGAUGAAUGUAAAGGUUACGAGAUAGAUGGAUCCCGAGCGAGGUAUUACUAUUUAAAGGGGAGAGCUUUGAACGUCGUGGAUCGCUAUAUACCCCAAGCAGAAGAACUUUUAAGUAAAGCGGUAAAGCUCGAGCCCAAGCUGUUGGAAGCUUGGAACGAGCUGGGAGAGUGUUAUUGGAAGAAUAACGAGAUAGAGCAGGCAAAGAAUUGUUUUGCGGGUGCAUUACCACAUGGUAGAAACAAAACGUCAUUAAGAAAUUUGUCAAUGGUGAUGAGGCAAGAGCAAGCGGAUUCACCUGAGCAAAGGGUAAAGAAUGUUCAAAGUGGAGUAGAAUAUGCAAAGGAAGCUGUGAGUUUGGAUACCAGUGAUGGAAUAUCGUGGACUAUUCUUGGGAACGCUUAUCUCUCCUUGUUCUUCACACUACCCAGAAAUCCAACCACAUUGCGACUUUGCAUGACGGCCUAUGCACAAGCGGAGAAAGAUACUGUUGCUCGAAGCGAUCCUUAUUUAUUUCUGAACAAAGCAAAUGCCCUGAAGUAUCAGGAAGAAUAUAAAAGUUCUCUGAAUGCUUUGGAACAUGCAGCUCUUCUCGAUCCAACCUGGGAACUGCCUCGAACGAAACGUGAGGAAUUACUCAAAUACGUCAAAGACGUCCAAUCCUCUAUCAAUAACAAGGGACGCAUGAAGCCUAAACGACUUCAUCAACUUGUUCAGUCAUUGGAUGAGAAACACUUAGGACCUUACAAAGGUGGAACCUUUGGUUCUGGAGAUACUUAUGUUAAAUUAAAACUUAUCCCUCUUAAAGAUCUCAGUACAGGUAUCAACCUGGAAAAACUUGUUUUUGGCAAAGUUAUCUGUUGGAUACAGGACUCGGAAAAAGUGCCAUUCUCAUUUUGUAUCGUUGAUCAGGAGAAAACGUGUGUGGCUGUGACAGUUUACAAUUUGGCUGAAGGCCGAGGAGUCUCUGUUGGUGAUUCAGUUGCAAUACCAGAGCCAUUUCUUACUCAUCACAUUUUUUCGUACGAUGAAAAUGAAUUUAAUUUUAAAUCGAUACGCGUCGAGACGCCCAUGGUGCUUGUCUUGAACGGUAGAAAAUUGGGACGCGAUUAUCAGGCUGGCGUAAAACUCUGCAGUUACAACAAACCGGAUUAACAAUUUACCAUCUGUACUAAAAAUGAAUGAACCGAACGCAAAUCCUUAUGACGGGGACAAGAAGAUGGGAGAGCAUGGAUAUCUGUCAACGAAUGCAGGAGAGAAAAAAGACCAGAAAAGUGAGUGAAUCGGUCGGAUAAAAAGUGAUGGUAUGAUUUUCAAACCUCUCGACAGGGGAAUUAUGUCAAUUAUGUUGCACGUUGAGAUCACAAGUGAAAAAAUCAUUUUAAAAAAUGGUAUUAUGUUUUUUGAUGACGAAGAAUGACGUAUAUUUUUCUCCGUCGGGGAAUUCGCCUUUCGCAAUAUCGUGCCAAUAAAAUCAAAUUCGCACUGUAGCACAAAAGUUCUAAGUAUAUUCGAGAAAAGCAAACACACGAGGAUCGAUGAUAUUUUCGAAUAAUAAUGAGCAAUUUGCGUUCAGUAGGAUUGAAGAAGAACGAACAAUACUUGUUGUGAUGUAUUAUGAAGUGGAUGAAAAAAUAUACGGCGACAUAACAUGUUUUUUAUCAACGAUUAUAUAAUAAACACUUAUUUUUCAACAUAA